AAGCAUCUGGAGCCCUGGACUAUUUCCGGUAGGAUCGGGCGACGCGGCGGCUGAGGUGGUGCGGGACCGGCGUUGUGUACUGAGCUUUCCCAGGCGUGAGUAGACAUGGCAGCGGCCUUUCGGAAGGCGGCUAAGUCCCGGCAACGGGAACACCGAGAGAGAAGCCAGCCUGGCUUUCGAAAACAUCUGGGCCUGCUGGAAAAAAAGAAAGAUUAUAAACUUCGUGCAGAUGACUAUCGGAAAAAGCAAGAAUACCUCAGAGCUCUCCGGAAGAAGGCUCUUGAAAAAAAUCCAGAUGAAUUCUACUAUAAAAUGACUCGUGUUAAACUUCAGGAUGGAGUUCACAUUAUUAAGGAGACUAAGGAAGAAGUAACUCCAGAACAGCUGAAACUGAUGAGAACCCAGGAUGUCAAAUACAUAGAAAUGAAAAGGGUCGCAGAAGCUAAGAAAAUUGAAAGACUAAAAUCAGAGCUCCAUCUGCUGGAUUUCCAAGGGAAGCAACCGAAUAAGCAUGUGUUUUUUUUUGACACCAAAAAGGAAGUUGAACAGUUUGAUCUUGCCACUCACCUGCGAACGGCCCCGGAACUAGUUGACAGAGCCUUUAACAGACCCACGAUAGAGACCUUGCAGAAGGAGAAAGUGAAAGGGGUUACCCAGCAGACUCUGCUUAAGCGGAUAGCUAAAGAAAGGCAAAAGCAGUAUAACUGCCUGACACAGCGGAUUGACCGAGAGAAGAAAUUGUUUGUUAUUGCACAGAAAAUUCAAACACGCAAAGAUCUUCUGGACAAAACUCAGAAGGUGAAGGUGAAGAAAGAAACAGUGAACUCCCCAGCUAUUUACAAAUUUCAGAGUCGUCGAAAACGUUGAAGUGGUAUAGAUCAGCUUUAUCAUUUCCAUAUGGAAGAUAAUUCUUUUUCUUUUCCCAGUAACUUCACAUUCCAUUAGCCUGAAUGAUGUGAUUUUUUCCUCUUUAACUUUAUUAGACAUCUGACAUUUGAUAUUUUUCUGUAAACACCAUUAAAGCCCCUUCCCAUGUCUUCUUGUUUUGAGGGUGUGAAA